GCCAAGUUAAAGCCACUCAUUUUUUCAUCAAUCCUGUGUCCUCACUGCAAUCACUUCUCUCUAUCUCUCCAUCGAUCGAAGAAAUCAGAGAUGGAGCAUGAAUCUAUCACCGCUCGACGCAGGCUCGCUGCCGUCGCCGCUCACUUCCCGCCAACCAGUUACGAUCCCGCCUCCACCGCAACUCUCGUCCCCUUGAACUGUAGCAGCAGUUUGAACUCUGUCAUCCAAAGGUGUGACAACAAAAUCUCUUUCGCCCGGCAAGCAUCAUCUGAACAGGGUUUCUUUAUGAGGCAAGCUUCACCCGAUGAUGUCCUUGAGAACUUAGGCAUGAAUUUGAAGAACUCUGUCAUUAGAAGGGGUGACAACAGGCUGUAUUUUGCUCGGCAAGCAUCUUCUGCACAGGGUUUUUUUAUGAGGCAGGCUUCGACUAAUGAGAGGACCAUACCACAGGAUGCUGCAUCUACCAAGUGUUCUGCAACCAAAACGACUGGCUUUGAUUCUUCUUCACCUGCGUACGCUGCACCACAAUUUUCUAAGCCUGCAAAAGAGGACUUCGCCUUUUCUUCUGUAUCACCAAAUUUGCAAAUGGAAAGGCCUAAACUUGAUCUUCCUAAAUUAGCCAAUUUAGGUACUGUUUGGUCUCCCAGAUCGAAUGUUGCUGAAUCCAAACACAGCUAUGUUGUGGCAAUAGAGCUACCAGGGGCCAGUAUCAAUGAUAUAAGAGUGGAGGUCGACAACAUAAACUUGACUGUGACAGGUAGACGCACAUCUAUCUGUCAAAAAGUUGAUGCAGGCACCAAAGCUUCAAUCCUUGGAUAUCAUAAGCAAGAAAUACUACAAGGAGCAUUCAAAGUUUCCUGGCCACUCCCAAGCAAUGUGAACAAAGAUAAUGUUUCCGCUGAAUUUAUGGAUGGGAUUCUGAGAAUAGUUAUUCCAAAGCUUUGAGGGUUCAUCGUUCUGGAACCAUAUAUAGAUACGGUAAACAUUGUGUGUGAUAUAUAUAAUAUAUGCAGUUUGUGUGG